UGGGAUAGAUUCUCCAUAGUCGCGGCCAAACAAAUUAUGGCAGAGUUAAGUUAUCAAGCAAUUAGGACUGCUCAUCAGUCUCGAGAAGCAGAUGAGUUACGUAGUGAAUCCAGGAAGAAGAAUCUUCUCAUCUUAGUACUACAUUAUCUUACAGAAGAGGGGUAUCUAGAAGCCUCCAAUGCCUUAUCCAAAGAGACGAACUUAGACAUGAGGCGCUUUGAAGUUUGUGACAAUAUUGAUUUAGAAACUGUUCUAAUGGAGUAUGAGUCCUACUAUUACAUAAAAUUCUCUAAAUACCCAAAAGUGACCAAGAAGUUGACACAAAGUGGUGAUGAGAGGAAAAUGCCACCAAGAAAUAAUAAAAUUGUAAAAAAUAAUACUAAGACCAAUGGGACCCCGGCUUUACCCAAAAUUCCCCAGAAACCCCAAGAGAAUGGGCCGUCACCUGGAUUGACACGUCCUAAGUCAGGAAUUAAUAGAAGAACAUCAAAUCAGAGUAAUGCCAGUGCAAGUAAAAAUGGAAAACAGAGCAUGCCUGUCAGUAAUGGAGAUGAGCCUCCAGGGGGAGGAGGCUUACAGGGACUUUGUGUGCAGGGGACAAGCAGCAACUCUCACGAUGAAAAACCUGUGCCUGAUCCACGUAAGAAUGCCAGACCUGGUCAAAUUAUUGACUUCCGUUCGAUGAUCAAUGAUGCAACAAAGAUGAAUGUGGAGGAAGGUUCCCAGGAUACAACUGGAAUGGAUAAACUCCAGCGACCUUUGGGCAAUUAUGCGGGGUAUACUCAAGAAUGGCGAGAUCUUGCACAAGUUAUCAGUAGGGACAUAUACAGUAGCAAUACAAAUGUUCAUUGGGAUGAUAUUAUAGGGUUGGACAAUGCUAAACGUUUAGCAAAGGAAGCAGUGGUCUAUCCAAUUAAGUACCCACAGUUAUUCACAGGGAUACUUUCUCCAUGGAAGGGAUUGCUUCUUUAUGGACCACCAGGUACUGGAAAGACACUACUAGCCAAGGCAGUUGCCACAGAGUGCAAGACAACAUUCUUCAAUAUCUCAGCAUCAAGUAUUGUCAGCAAGUGGAGAGGAGACUCUGAGAAACUAGUCAGGGUGUUAUUUGAGCUAGCCAGAUUUUAUGCCCCUUCUACAAUAUUUAUUGAUGAGCUGGAGUCACUGAUGAGUCAGAGGGGAGGGGGAGGAGGGGGGGAACAUGAAGGUAGUAGGCGCAUGAAGACUGAGCUACUGGUCCAAAUGGAUGGACUUGCCAAAACUGAUGACCUUGUAUUUUUGUUAGCUGCAUCAAACUUGCCAUGGGAGUUGGAUCAUGCCAUGUUAAGACGUCUAGAGAAGAGGAUCCUUGUAGAUCUGCCCACAAAGGAUGCCAGGAAAGCUAUGUUCUGUCACCAUCUACCCCCCAUAGUUAACCCAGCAGAAGGUGGAUUAGAACUACGCUCUAAUCUAGAAUAUGAUCUUCUUGCUGAUAAAACUGAGGGUUAUUCAGGCUCAGAUAUCAAACUAGUCUGUAAGGAGGCUGCUAUGAAACCAGUUAGAAAAGUAUUUGAUAUUCUAGAAAAGGUUACAGGUGAAUCUGAUUUGCAUAUAACAUUGGACACUAUUCAAACAGAAGAUGUCAUGUCUGCGUUAUCAAGGACUAAACCUUCAGCUAAAAACUUGGCUAAGAGAUAUGAGGCAUGGCAGAAAGAUUAUGAAUCAGUUUGAAGAGUCAGAAUCUGUAAAUGAUUCAAAAUUUAUGUAUCAAGAUACAUCUGUGUAUUAAGUUGUAUCUGUGUGAACUGGUUCCAUGAAAAGGAUGAGUCAAUGGGAAAGAUCAAGGAUCGGUGUGAAAGAUCUGGGAUCAGUUUGAAGGAUCAAGGAUCUAUAUUAAAGAUGGGGAUGGAUCUAGGACUUACAUGAAGGAUCGAGCUAUUGUGUAAAGGAUUAAUUGUAAAGUAUAAAGGAUUAGAACCAGAUCAAGUAUUCAGAUCAAUUAGAGAUCCAGGAUUCAGAUCCAAUAUAAAUAUGAAGGAUCAAAAAGAGAUGUUUCAAACAAUAUUUAUUACAGUUUGAUGCCAAAGACAUAAAAAAGUUGAUGUAAGAUCUCAUCGGGGCAGGUCCCUUGAACAAAAAAACAAACAAAAAUCCGUCCAUGUUUGUAUUAUUCCAUGCUUCUAUAUUUCCAUAUUCCGUCCAUUUGUACUCUAUUUAUUUAUGAUGUGAAUUUCAAAAGAAUAGACCACUAUAUUUUGUAUUUGUUGGGCACUACUUAUGCAUUUACAGCAUGGCACUCAUUUGAUAUGGGUGAUUUUACGAAUAAGAUGUAUUUAGGAUUUUCUUUGAAUUGUGAGUCAGAUUGUUUACAAAAUUCACCGUAAAUGUAUAUUUUUGAAUUAUACAGUAAAAUUUGUAUAAUUGGAACACCUCGGGUACCUAAAAAAGUCUUCUACUUACUGAGGUUCAUUAUCGUUAUUGAGAAAUGACAAAAUAAAGGUGUUCCCAUGUACAUGUUUUACUGUACUUUUAUGACUUCAGGUUCUUCAAAAGAUGUCACUGUUUUUCUAUAACAACCCUUUUCAUACAUAUUUCUAACUUUAUAAUGGUUUCUAGUAUCUCUCUGCUCUAUAUGGUCAUGCAGUGUAUUAGUUCUCUCAGAAACAACAACAUUGCUACAAGAAUAUGAUAUUUCAUA